CUGUUUGAUCGAUCGAUCGAUCGAUUCGAGCGAUUUGUGAGGACGCAGCGCUCAAUCCAUGGUACAUUUUAUCACUGAUCCAGCAGGGGAGGAAGAGGAUAGCAAGAAUUCAAACAUGCAGGAAAGAUCUAGUUUAAAAAUGUAUGGAUCGGAGGAGGAGGAGGACGAUCCAGUGGCAUCCCAGGCAGGGCCGCUGCUCGGCGAGGAGGGAUACCACGAUCACAGCGUUUCUUCGUCCAAGCUCGGGUCUGGAUCGCCGGUUUUCUCAUCGCGGGUGGGGAGAUUGCUCCGCGAGAGGCAGCUCCGGAGGGGCGAGAGCGGCGCCGGCGAUAUCGAUGGGAUUGGGGGCUCGGAGGGGAUCAUCAAGGACGAGCAGAGGCAAAGGCUGCUCGUCGUGGCGAAUCGCUUGCCAGUGUCGGCUAUCCGGCGUGGUGAGAAUGCUUGGGCCUUGGAGCUCAGUGCUGGUGGGCUUGUUAGUGCGCUACUUGGAGUGAAGCAAUUCGAAACGACGUGGAUCGGCUGGGCUGGUGUCAAUGUCCAGGACGACGUAGGAAAAGAAUCUCUUUCGAGAGCUCUCGGGGAGGAGGGGUUUGUGCCGGUCUUUCUCGACGAACAGACUGUUGAUCUCUACUACAAUGGCUACUGUAACAACGUUCUCUGGCCGCUUUUCCAUUACAUUGGACUCACUCAGGACGAUAGGCUGGCUGCGACUCGUGGUCUCGAGGCCCAGUUUAAUGCGUACAAGCGCGCAAACUCGAUUUUUGCGCAGGUUGUUCUCUCGCAUUAUCAGAAAGGGGACGUCGUCUGGUGUCACGACUACCAUCUAAUGUUUCUGCCGAGGUUUCUCAAAGAAGCCAAGAGUGAGAUGAAAGUUGGAUGGUUCUUGCAUACGCCGUUUCCGUCGUCGGAGAUUUACAGGACUUUGCCGCAGCGGUCGGAGCUGUUGCAAGCCGUGUUGAAAGCCGAUUUGAUCGGGUUUCAUACAUAUGACUAUGCGAGACACUUUGUCAGUGCAUGCACACGUAUUUUGGGCUUGGAAGGGACGCCAGAUGGUGUUGAAGAUCAAGGAAAGCUCACUAGAGUCGCAGCUUUUCCAAUCGGGAUUGAUGCGGAGCGCUUUGUGAGGGCCUUGCAUACGUCUACUGUUAGAAAUCAUAUUCAGGAGCUCUCUAGGCGAUUCUCGGGACGAAAGGUUAUGCUGGGCGUUGAUAGAUUGGAUAUGAUCAAAGGAAUUCCGCAGAAGCUACUAGCGUUUGAAAAGUUUCUCGAGGACAAUCCGAUUUGGCACGACAAAGUCGUCAUGGUUCAGAUCGCGGUGCCUACUCGAACAGAUGUUCAUGAAUAUCAGAAGCUAUCGAGCCAAGUUCACGAGAUUGUUGGACGAAUUAAUGGUCGAUUUGGAACCUUGACAACAGUUCCCAUCCAUCACCUGGACCGAUCACUGGAGUUUUAUGAGCUAUGUGCUCUGUAUGCGAUUACUGACGUGUUGCUGGUAACAUCUCUGCGGGACGGCAUGAAUCUUGUGAGCUACGAGUAUGUCGCAUGCCAGGACCAGAAGAAGGGUGUUCUUGUCUUGAGCGAGUUUGCAGGUGCAGCACAAUCGCUGGGUGCUGGAGCGAUACUUAUCAAUCCUUGGAACAUUGUCGAGGCGGCUUGUGCCAUAGCAGAUGCGUUGAACAUGAGCGAGACUGAACGGCAAGAAAGACACCGUCACAACUUCAUCCAUGUUACAUCCCAUACGGCUCAGCUCUGGGCAGACACAUUUGUAAGUGAACUAAACGAUACGGUUGUGGAGGCAGAGUUGCGCAUUCUGCGUGUACCCCCACCACUGCCGGUCGAGAAAGCAAUUAGCAGUUAUGCUACGUCGAAGAACUGCUUGCUGAUUCUAGGAUUUAAUGCGGCUCUCACUGCACAAGCAGACGCUCCUCGCCUUGAUCGUGUUAGAGAAACUUUGCAUCCUGCUUUGCAUGAAACUCUUCGACAUUUAUGUGCGGAUCCAAAGGCAACGGUUGUGAUACUCAGUGGUAGCGAGCGCUCUCUUCUUGACGAGGCUUUUGGCGAUUUUAAGUUAUGGCUUGCUGCGGAAAAUGGCAUGUUUCUCAGACACACGUCUGGUGACUGGAUGACAACAAUGCCCGAGCACCUCAAUUUGGACUGGGUUGAGAGCGUGCAGCUGGUGUUCGAUUAUUUCAGCGAGCGCACACCGAGAUCAUAUGUCGAAGCUCGUCAAACUUCUCUAGUGUGGAACUUCAAGUAUGCAGAUCUUGAGUUUGGAAGGGUUCAAGCGUGGGAUAUGUUGCAGCACUUGUGGACAGGACCAAUCUCAAAUGCCGCCGUGGAUGUCGUCCAAGGGAGCAAAUCGGUGGAAGUUCGUCCUGUUGGAGUUUCGAAGGGUGCCGCAAUCGACCGCAUUCUUGGAGAAGUUGUCCACAGCAAGAAUAUGAGCGUGCCAAUAGACUACGUGAUGUGCAUUGGACAUUUCCUCAGCAAGGACGAAGACAUCUACACGUUUUUCGAGCCGGACUUGCCUUACCAGAGAGUGAAUAUAGAACCCAAAGCAGCGUCUCCCCCGAGAUCCAAAGCAGCACCAUCAACAACAAAAACAGCGCGCUCGCGGGAUCAUCCGAUUGCUCCCCAGGAAUCGUCAAUGAUCCAAGGUGCGUCGGUUCUGGAUCUCAACGGGGAGAACUAUUUCUCGUGCACUGUUGGAAGGCAGCGAUCUCUCGCGAGAUACUCUCUUACAGGCAGCGAAGAAGUUGUAGCGUUUCUUAGCUCUUUGGCGAAGCCAAGCAACUGAUAAACCUUGAAUCUACGCCGUCGGAGUGGCUAACAUCCGACGGCUGUGAACAAGCUUACUUGGAUAGUAAAUGUGACAUAUUCUAAUUUCUAGCUCUAGGGUUUUUGCGCUC